AUGGCUGAUCGUGAUUCCAGAUCCAGACGCGACUACUCUAGUGAGAGAAUGGCCGUUGAUGAUGACCGUUCGGCUGAGAUCAAGCAAAAAGGACGUCUUUUCAGCAGCAAUGAUGAGAGACGUGCACUUCGCGGUGAUCGCAUGGAAGGCGAUGGUUCAUUAGAGCCAGAAAGAUCAAUCGAAGGAUGGAUUAUCAUUGUGCGUGGCGUUCAUGAAGAGGCAGAUGAGGAAGGAUUGACAGAAAGAUUUUCAGAUUAUGGUGUCAUUAAGAAUUUGCAUCUCAAUCUCGAUAGACGAACAGGUUAUGGUUAUGCACUGAUUGAAUAUGAAUCCUUCAAGGAGGCAGAGGCUGCUGUAGCUGAUGCAAAUGAUACAACUUUCCUUGGUCAGAACAUUAAAGUGAGCUUUGCAUUCGUAAAGGGACCAGAGAAGGUCGAAAGCAGACGAUUCAAUGACACCAACCGAUCGAACCAAAGGCAGAGAAGCAUCAGUCCCAAUUCUGGUAGACGUUAA